AUGUUUUACGCGCACUUUGUCCUCAGUAAGAAGGGGCCGCUGGCUCGCAUUUGGCUUGCUGCUCAUUGGGACAAAAAACUGACUCGAGCGCAUGUUUUCGAAACUAAUAUCAGUUCCAGUGUUGAGGCGAUUUUGGAGCCGAAGUUAAAAAUGGCUCUGCGCACUUCCGGUCACCUUCUUUUGGGAGUCGUCCGUAUUUAUUCGAGAAAAGCAAAGUACCUGCUUGCAGACUGUAAUGAAGCAUUUGUCAAAAUCAAGAUGGCGUUUCGUCCUGGGGUCGUCGAUCUUCCGGAUGAGGCAAACAGAGAAGCCGCAAUCGCGGCGAUCACACUUCCGGAAAACCUUCAUGAUUUUGAAGCUACCAUAGCAGAUCUCAACGAGAUCAAUAUGAACACAAUAGCCAUCAACCAAAGUCGUCCUGAAGACAUUACCAUGCGAGAGGAUUUUGGUGAAAUCAACUUGGGAAGACAAGACGAUGACUUUGGGGAUUCAGCUUUUGAAGAGGCUUCCAGUCGUGAAGUUGUCCGCGAAGGAGAUAAAACCUAUGGGGACAGCAUAUACCGCGCUAGCGGCCAGUUGUCCGUGCGCGGUGGAACGGACUUCUCAAUUCGUUCGGACGUUGAUAUGGAUGCCACUCUGAUUGGCGGUAAUCACCUUGAUAGCCUACACAGUCAUAAACACGAGAAACAUGCAGAUCUAGCGGCUCGACCCGAUGACAUCGGAAUCGACGACAAUGACUUCGGUGAUGGAUUCCUGGGUGCUGCAGAUGACGACGACGAAAACUUUGGAGGAGAAAUUGAUCAUUCACUCUUUGCGGACGCCGCAAUUUUCGAAGAUCCUUCAGCUCAGAAGCAGCUGGAACAUCUCACUUCAGAAAUUGAAUCUCAUAUGGAUACUGCUCGGUUUGGUUUGCAUGAUGGAACGACCCCAGUCCCUGCCUCAGGGGUUGCAUCUGAAGAACUCGUUCAAACCGUCGUUGAAAAAUCGACUUCCCAAUUCCCAGAGGUUACCGCGGCGACCGAACCGAAUUUGACUGCAGUGCCGGUGGUCAACUUGGGCGCGUCCAGGGUGGGUGGCACAACCAUCCACGGAGAAAGUACAACACUCAUAACAAAUGAAUCGGAGGCCUUUGCUUUACAACCGAUUGAUGCUACUUCAGUAAUGGGUACCGAAACCAGAAGACCGGGAAAGCGCAAACGUCGUUUGGUUAUAGAUGAACUCAAGUCAAUCCCAAGUGAGACCAUGAAGCUACAAAUGGAGGACACUUCAGAUAUCACAACCCAGCUCGAUCUGGCGCCACCGACAAAGAAAUUGAUGCACUGGAAAGAAACUGGGAGCGUGGAUAAACUAUUCACCCUCCCAGGCCGUGCAAUCUACUCUCGAGUUUUGUUGCGCCUGUUCGUCUCCAACCUCCAUGUGGUUCCCAGUGUUGACGAUGCAGCCGAAGAGCUGCUCCAUCCUUUGAGACUCGGUUUUGUUCCACCUGUCUCCCAGGCUGGUCCAACGGCGUUGCCAGACGAAACCAGCCAGCCUAGCCUUAGCGAGUUAUCUAACCAUGACCUAAGUGGAACAAAAUCUCCGGGCGUAACGUUUGAGAACACCCUGGCAACGAUGGGUGGACAAAAGCUCGACGUUAUUCAUGAAAUGAACGAAGAAGGUUCCAAUCAGCUGCCCUUCGACAGGCUGUCAUCCCACCCGGAUGAAGUCCACCCUGGUGAUUCUAACGAUGACUACGACGAUGGCCAUAUGCACGACGACCUGUCGUUCAUGCCUCCGAGUAUCCUGUCGGAGGCACCACCCAGCGUGAUGCAGGCUGACAUGUUAGCGUUAGAGCGAGAGCUCGCCAAAGCGGAUGAUGAGGCCGAAAAACAAUUGGCGUUGGCAUUUGCGGCAGCUAGUCCUGAUCCCGCUGUACAUCGCCAUGCUGAUGGUGGUGUUCUAGACGCACCAGACUCCUUGGCCAGUCCGGAUAUACAGGAGGGUCAAUCCACAUUAGAGUCGCUGGAGGAACGUCGCUUGGAGAAACGUUCCAAAGUGUUACUUCGAAUGCUGCGAACACAUCAACAGCAAAUGGGCUGGGAUGAACCAUUGGCGCUGCAGAGCAUUUGCGUCGGAAAUACCAAGAAACAGGCGGCUUCGAAGUUUUACACGAUCCUGCUUUUACGCAAACAGGGUGCAGUUGAAUUGAGGCAAGAAGAGGCCUACGGGGAAAUUCUUAUUUCUCAGGGUCCUAACUUCAACCGUUUGGUGGAAGUCUGAACGAUUUCGCCCACUUUUUGGACUUCUUUGCUUACUAUUUGUAUCCCUUAUCUGUCUCCACCUCUUGCUAAUCUCCCACCCCACUGUUGUCACCUCUGUACUCCUUUAACUGCCUAUUCAGGAUAUGGCACUAUUUUAUUGGCAUCGUUUUGCUUUGUCCAUUUGCUGCGUCACAGAUUUUUUCACAUUUAUCCAGAUAUGCAUUACCUUGUUUUUUCUAACUGUGUCUUUGUACAAACGUAUUAUUAAUUACUCUUCC